ACAAUGCUUCUGUUCAUGCCUGAUGAGUCACUUAUUUUUAGUUUUUUAGUUUCCUGUGCUCUGGCAGAGCUGCAGCAAAAGAUUCUGUCUUGGUAAGGGAGUCUUUGAAGCGAAAGAAUAAGGUUAGACCACAAAGCCCUGGAGCAAAAAUAAAUAAAAAAAAAUACUAAAGAGCACACAGUGGAUGCUGUAUUUAUUGUAUUUCACAGAGAGGGAGUGUAAAAAUGAUGUGGGGUUGGCAGAGAAGUCUUGGAAUUUAUACUGAUUGUAUUUCUUGCAGUCCAAAAGGAAAGGUAAAAAGAUUUUGGCUCUACGGUAUAAAAAUUCCCUGAGCUCCAGUCCUUUUGUGAUGCAACAUCUGUUCUUGUCUCCUUUACAACAUUGCUCGUCUUCUGUUAUUUGAAAGUAACACAAAUCCUGAUUAUUUCUGUUCCAGUUCUGGGUGGCAUUGCAAAAAUCUUGUCUUUCAGUUUACACACACUUAAAGUAGACCUUCUUUUUUUUUUACUGUGAGUCCCAGUGUGGAGAUACACUGCAAUUCACAAUAUCAUAGGUGUGUUGCACAGAUGGGGAGAGUCUAAUUGAGAUGCGGAGGGCUUACUGCUCAGUUUUACUGGAAAGACUGGGGAAAUCAGCGCAGGCAUGUGCAAUUAUACUUUCUGCUUAUUGGGCUGCUCACUUCCUCCACACUAACUGUGGAAUAGCUCGGUCCUGCCCGCCUCUCUCCCUCUCUCUGCCUGCAUGCAUCAUUAAGCUGACCAUCGCUGAGCUGAAUGUGGCUGUGCGGAGGAGAACACAGACAUAAACAAGCUCCAAGCACCUCACUAAUGCUGUUUGUCUUCUUUAUGGGACAUUUGGCACAUGGAACAUGGAUGUGGCUGAAAGGGGCUCUAUUACGAUAAUUAAAAGAGGAGCCAGUCGACCUCGCUUCUGUUUGUGGUAAUUUUUUGCAUUGUUGCUUGUUUUCACAGUGCGAGGUUCAUUAGCUAUAUUCCCCCUAAAAUCUGCUGAGUUCUUCACUAGUGGAUAACCAGAGCGGCACAGUUUGUGAGGAGCUUUCAAACCCACCACAUUAUAGCUGGCUGAUUUUUUUUUGGUCCAGUUUUGUUGCAGCUACAUUCAAACACUGUGAUGCUUUGUAGCACAUUUUAUAUCUGAGGGAAGAGAAAGAAAAUAAUAAACCCUAUAAAACAGGAAGCAAAGCAAUGCAUUUCUUUAAGGUCAUAGUAAAUCCCUUUUACGCCUCCAUGCUUUCUCCCAGGAGUGCUGUUUUACUGACUCCAGUGAUCUGUGCUAGUGUGUGAAGCUUCCUCUCACAACUCAUUCACUCAGCCUAACUUUCCUCCUCAUGGAACCAUCUCUCUGUCAAGUCCAAUUACUGAUUACACACCCCAUCUGUCCAGGUGUCACCAGCUGAAAAGGAACUGAUGCUGGACACAGUGUUGACAAUCCUCACUGCAGCGCUUCCAACAAAGACCAACACUCCCUCCAUGGUUUGGGAUGCACCUGGUUGCGACUCAGCCUCACCAUCCUGCAGCUGAAGGAUUAUGUGCCUCUGUUCAGGACGGGUCCGCCUGUGGGACCCAGAAUCCUCUGCGCCGAGGCAAGAUGGAAGAGCCCAGCAGCUGCGGGAAAACAAUGUUUUGGCUCUAGAUGUUGAAAGGGACAGCUGAGGGCCAACUACACGAGCCAAAACAGCAGGCCAUGCUCCUGCACCGGAUGACACUGAUUGCCACCCCAUAGUUUUCCUGCCCGCCGGCUUUCACCAUGAACAUCAUUCAAGACAAACUAGGAAAUGAAUUCCUGCGCUCCAACGGGGGUAUGGACUCCAAUUUCGGCCCUGGCAUGAUUAUGUUCAGCCACCUCCCGCCGGUGACUAGUUUCACCCGGCUGGCCGCUCACUCUGUAAUGCAGGACCUUCCACCACAAGAAAUGAUCCUGAAGAAGGAGCGUGACUCGCCUGACUGCAGCAUGGGCACCCAGGGUGGCAGCCUGGGCUGUGCAGGGGUGGGAGAUUAUGUUCACACCAUGGGUAUCAAGCAAGAGAAGCUGUCAGAGCACGAUUAUCGCCUGCCGCUCUACCCUGGAGGGCUGGGGAAGAGCACGGAGCUGCUGGAGGUGACAGUCAGUAACAACCAGAGCCUGCUGGUGCAUGACCUCAACAUGGGCAACCUGCCGAGUCAGUUAGGAAAGGAGCCCACUGGGAGAAAAGGUCGAAGGUCAAAUGGUGAUGGACAGGAGGGUAAACCAAGAAAGAGGAGAAACGAGGCGAAGCAAUCAAUGAUGCUGGAUGCAGAUGGAGGCAGCCUGUCGCCAGGAACCAAGCCUCACAUCUGUGAACACUGCACUGCAUCAUUCAGAAGCUCCUAUCACCUACGCAGACAUGUCCUCAUUCACACAGGUGAAAGACCCUUCAGAUGCAGCCAAUGCAACAUGAGUUUCAUUCAGAAGUACCUUCUCCAGCGACACGAGAAAAUCCACAGUGGAGAGAAGCCAUUCAGCUGUGACCAGUGUAACAUGCGAUUCAUUCAGAAGUAUCACAUGGAGAGGCACAAGAGGACGCACAGCGGAGAGAAGCCGUACAGAUGUGAGACCUGCCAACAGUAUUUUUCUAGGACAGACCGACUGCUGAAGCACAAGCGAACCUGUGGAGAAGCCAUAAAGAAGGGGCUGGAUCCUGGGAUAAUGGACCUGGGUUGUGUUGACAUGGGACAUGGCAGCUAUGGAAUCACUCUGGGAAAUGCUGGGAACAAUGGCAGAAAGAGGGGGAAGUCCAAAAAUUGUGGAGAGGGAGGGGAGCGCAAAAAGAAGAAAGGGGAUGGAGGAGCGGCGAGGGUACCACACAUUCAUGACUCUGUAUCUGGAGGCUACAGCAUCCAUGAAUACUCUAUGGAAAAUCAAACAGUAUCUUCCUCUACCGAGCCAGGACCCAGCAUGCAGCAGAGCCACCAGGGCCGAGCUCCAAAGAUGGCAUUCAAGAAGGCCAAUCGCAAGAGUCUGGCCAAAGCAGGCCCGAUGGAGCAGAGUGUGGGCAUGGAUGGACUUGGCCUCAUGCAGAGUAAUGGGGCCAAAGUUGGCACCAGCAGCAACUAUGACGACGCCAUGCAGUUUCUGAAGAAGAGACGCUACCUUCAUGCAGCAAACAAUGCAAACUCAUCAGGGCCUGCGGUGGCUGGAGGAGCCAGCAGUGAGUACGACGUUGGUGUUAGCCAUUUGUCUUCCCAGCCGACUGUCAUCCAGGGUGUCGUUUCCAGUGUGAUGGACAAUGACACACCUCUCAGUCUCGACAAGUCAGGGAUCCCCGAUGAGGUGCUGCAGAGCCUCCUUGACCACUACACACAGAAACCAGACGGCUCGCACCACGAUGUUCACUUUGACAUCAGUGACCAGCAUGUGGAGCUGAACCCUGCCUCAGCAGACGGGCCUGACAUUGGCCACAGCACCGACAACCCCAGCCCAUCUGGAGACAAGACCGUCAUGAUGCAUGAAUACUCCCGCUUCCUGCUACAGGCUUUGGAGCGCACCAGCCACAGCACCAGCUUCCCUCUGGGCCCUGGGCCUUCUGCCUCAGGACCGUUCACCAGUUCCCACCCAGAAAACCCCAUCUACGCUGACAAGAACAUCUACACUACGUCCCCACUGGAGUGUGGGUUUGGCCAGUCAGUGGCCUCGCCUUCGCUGCCCUCCUCUGUGCCAAAGUCUCACUUUGCGAUGCUGACGGGCUCCUCACCACAGCACAGCUUCCACCUGAGCAGCCUGGAGCCCUCCUCUCACCAGCAGCUCACCCCGUCUCAGGAGCUCACUGACCAGAUGGAGAAGCAGCACUCCUCCACUCCCCCCUCCUCCUACCAGAUCAGCCAAUCUGACAUGAGCAGCCAGAAGGACCAACCGCAGGUCAAGAACGGCACGGCGGUCUACCCUCUGGCUCCCUCGCAGGAUCUGGCCCCUCUGGACUCUUCCAAGCCUUCAUACCAGAUAGAAAACUUUGCCCAGGCCUUUGGCUCCCAGUUCAAGUCAGACGGCCGCGGCUUGUCUUAUGGCACUGACUCUAGCGGGGAAGUGGAUCACAGGAUACGGACGCCUGUGUCUGAAUUCUCAGGGUAUAGUAGUUUGUUAUCUGAUGUCAAUGAGCCAGUAAGUACAGGUUCCAAAACUCCAACAAGCCAAAGCUACAGAUGAGAGCCUGAGAGGGAGAGAACACACUGUCGUUAGAGUUGAUGUUCUUGUUUUAAUUUUUUAGUGCUCCUAUUUUGUUAUUAUUAUUAUUAUUAUUAUUAUUAAUAUUAUUAUUAUUAUUAUUGUUUUUUUUUAAGUGACAUCUUUAUUUUAAUUAUACUGAUGCUCUGUUUUUGUGCCCACUCCUCUCCCCACAAUAAGCCUGCAAGGCUCCUUGCAAAUGCAAUUUUUUUAAGUAUCUGUUAUUUUUAAGUUAAAUAUGUAUUGACUGUUUAUUCUCGUCAUAUUAGUGACAUUAGGUCUAGUCAUUAAUCAUGAACUGAAAGUACUUUUUAAGUAAGUGUAGUGUAGCGCCGGACGUCUUUCUUUUCCAAUGAGCUGAAGUGUUUGAGCAAUCAACUUUACAACUGUAAAAUGAAAAUGGAAGUAAUGGCAGGGAAUAGCCCAGAAUUGAAAUAGCAAAAAAAAAACAAAAAAAAAAACAAACAAACAUAGAAGUUAUUGUCUGUUACAAGGUUAAAAGUAUUACUCAGGAAAAAGUGGAAAAGGAGAAGCCUACGAGGUGCAGUGAGCACGGUUUUCAGAAGUUUGCGACUUCAAAGAGGAUUUUUCUUAUGUUUUGUUACUUGUUGAAUGAGUGUGACAUAAACAGACUGCUGCCAGCUCACUUGAACACUGAAACACUUUCUACUUGGCUAUAUAGAGAUUAUGGUACUUUCGUGUCAAUGUGAAACUCAUGUUUUCUUCAAUAAGGGCCAUAUAUAUAUCUAUAUAUAUUUAUAAGAAUAUAUAUUAAUGUAAAAUAACAGAUUUAAUCAUUCUGGGGAUCUGCCAGUUGAAGUACAGGGAGAACGAGGGCUGGUUCAGGGGGUAAAUGUUGUCCUUGGUAUAUUUUUGGAGAACAAAAGUGAUGUUAGGGCUUUUCUUUGGCCAAUAGAGGUUGCUGUUGGACAGCGAUAGAAUGGCCUUCCCUUUUUCCUGCCCUCCUCUUCUUCCUCAGUUCUCUUAUUUCUUUAAAAAAAAAAAAAUCCAAUUAGCACUUUGAGCCGUUUUCGUACAUCAUGUAAAGUACCCCAUCGGAUCAAGGAAGCUCUAAUAUCAGGAAUGGACUGGCUUUUUGACUGAGACAUUGUUGUUUGGGUAAAUGCAGAUGGGGUUGCAACAUAUUCUGGAUGGAUGCUGGGGAUACCCUUUGUUUGGGUAGCAUGGUUUAUAUGGGCUAAUGGGUGGGGAGGGUUGACAUGUGAAAGUGGGAUUUUUUUAUUAACAUUUUCUCUUUCUCCUUUUAGGGAGGGGUUAGCUUGGGGGGGUGGGGGGGGAUGUUAAAAUACAGUAACAUUUAAUCGGGAUAAUGUAAAUGUAAUUCAAACCCCUAGUUUUAGUUUGAUUUGUUAUCCAACUUAGCAGCUUUGCUUUCUUAUUGAAUUUGAUGACAAAAUGUGUUCGUGAUCGACUAUUUCUUCAGCUGUUACCGUGGCAGCCAUGUGCUGUAUGAGCAAAAAAAAGGUGGCUGACCAACAAUUUGUAUGCAUUUAGACUUUUCACGUGUGCUGGCAGUACCAAGCAUAUUUGUCCCGUUGGAAAUUGGGUGCCUAUUUCUGAGAAGUACAGGUGCAAGAUAUUGCGUAGUAAAUGUUAGAUGUAAUUUCUUGCUGAUUUUUAAAUGUAUUUAUGCUGUACGUUUUUUUUUGUUUGUUUGUUUUUUUUUCGUAAAGACGACAACAAUUGCGCUGUCUUCCAUAGCUACAACUGGCCUUGAGUGCUGGAAAUGAAAUCACUCUGCUGAAUGAGUCUUUAAACCCCUUUACGCCCUGAUGGCCUGUUGUUUUAAGCAAUCAUUAAACAUGGCAGAGUGAAUGCAAUGCUGUAAUAUCUUAAAUGAUGUGUUGCCAUGUUGAACGGUUGAGGCAUAAACAAGAAUUCGCCUCACAUAUACCUCAUAUCACAAUAAACCAGGGACAAAGGAGUGAAGAUUUGAUGUAUGUAGCAGAGAUGCUGUUGUAUGUAUAAAAAAAAGUCAUGUGUCUGUGUGACUACUUUUGUGAACAUGACAUUUAUGUGACCCAUUAACACGACGUUGCUUAAGGGUUUCUGUAAAUGUCUCAUGCCAACCAGUGUUCAGUCUCUUCAGCUGGAUCUCUUCCCUCCUCCACAUCUUAUUUGCCAUAUUGUUUCAAUAUGCUUUUUGUUUACAAAAAAUGUACAAAACACUACAUCUUACUUUACCUAAUUCUGACCCCUGUAUAAAUUUUAUUUUACUAUCUUUCUUUCCCUUUUUUUAUCACCGCCAAAUUUUGUAGCUGACGAUAUCUUCCAUUUUUUUGUUGUUUCACGUUCUUGUGACACAUUCACAAGACUGUACUUGUCCAGUGAAUUUAAAACUGAUUAGGGAGAAAACAAUAAAUAAAUAAAAACGUAUCGAGAACUCUUCA